UUGGCGCCAAAAUACGUUAAUACUUUUGUGCAGCCCUGGCCGCUGCAAAAUUUACAAAGUGCUUUUAAUUUUGGAGAAAUGAGCGUCGCAAAACGUGGAGCCUUUAUUGUUUUUGAGGGAUGCGAUCGCAGCGGAAAGACCACACAGAGCCGGUUGCUGGCUGAGUUCCUGAAGUCCAGAGGGAUUGCCACCGUGUCAAUGAACUUUCCGGAGCGGAGCUCCAGCAUCGGCCAGGUGAUAAAUUCGUAUCUAACCAACAGCAAAGAUCUACCCGACGAGGUGAUCCACCUAAUGUUCUCCGCCAAUCGCUGGGAGCACAUGAACCAGAUCAAGCAGCAACUGCUGGCGGGCACAACGCUGAUUGUGGAUCGAUUUUCAUACUCCGGCGUGGCCUACAGUGCGGCCAAGGGACUGGACUUUGACUGGUGCUAUGCGCCGGAGAAGGGUCUCUUGAAACCCGACGCAGUUUUCUACCUAAAGACCUCAGUGGAUUCCCUGACGAAUCGAGGGCAGUACGGCGAGGAGCGCUAUGAGAAAGUAGAAUUCCAGAGUCGUGUGGCCCAAGUUUUCGAUCGCAUUUGCUCUAGGGAAGCCUCCUACUGGCACCAGUUCGAUGCAAGCCAGUCGGCAGAGGAUCUGCACUCACGGAUAGCCAGCAUAGCGGAAAACCUACUGCAGAAGGUGGAAUCCCAACCGCUGGAUAAGUUAUCAUAGCAAAAAAAGACAUCGAAUCGCCAUUCAUUAGAGAGGAUUUACCUUGAUUUAUGCUAUACAUGCGCAUUUUAUAAAUGCUUUUUAAAUGGCGCUUAAUUUUUAAUUUACGAUAAGGCCUCCGCCGCAGGCAAUAAAUCCCGACAUCAAUGCGAUGGCCAAGGACAGGCGUCGCACACGUUAGGUGUUGAACGAAAUGCAUUUACCGAAUUGAACA